AUGGCCCCCUGGCCUGUGGCCCUGCUGCUGCUCAGCCUGGCGGGGCUGGCGCAUUCGGAGAGUCGUGCGGAGGAGGCGGGGCGGAGCCGGGGGGGGCGGGCGGCCGAACCCCCCCCCGGGGCCAAGUGCACCUACACGUUCAUCGUGCCGCAGCAGAAGUUCACGGGGGCCGUGUGCUGGAGCAGCGUGCGAGCCGCCCCCGAGCCGCCAGUGCCCAACGGCAGCGAGACGCGGGCGCUGCAGGAGGUGCUGGGCCGGCAGCAGGCCGAGCUGCAGCGGCUGCGGGGGCUGGUGGAGGUGGACGGCGCCCUGGUGAGCGAGGUGAAGGCCCUGCGCAAGGAGAGCCGCGCCAUGAACGCCCGCGUGGGCCAGCUCUACGCCCAGCUGCUGCACGAGAUCCUGCAGCGGCGCCAGCGGCCCGGGCUGCUGGCCCAGCUCGAGGGACGCGUGGCCAACGCCUCGGACCAGGCGCUGCGUCUGGCCGCCGGCUACCGCCAGCUGGAGCUGCGCUACCAGGCGCUGGCCGCCCUCGUCAACAACCAGAGCGCCCUCAUCGCGCGGCUGGAGCGGUGGUGCCAGGGGGGUGCCGGGCCGCCCCCCCCGCAGCCCCCCCUGGUGCCGGUCGUGCCCCCCCGCCUGUCCGGCAUCGCCAACGAGAGCCGGGCGUAUUUCGAUGCCGCUGCCCAGCUGCAGAUGGACCAGACGGAGCCAGCGCCCCCCACGCUGCCCCCCAGGGCCCUGGGGCCCUGGCGUGACUGCCUGGAGGCGCGGCGCAGCGGGCACGAGGCCAGCGGGUUGUACGAGGUGCAGCCGGCGGGCGCGGGCCAGUCCCUGCAGGUCUGGUGCGAGCAGGAGCUCGAGGGUGGGGGCUGGACCGUGAUCCAACGGCGCCAGGACGGCUCCGUCAGCUUCUACACCACCUGGCACCACUACAAGCACGGCUUCGGGACGCUGGACGGCGAGCACUGGCUGGGCCUGGAGAGCACCCGCCGGGUGACAGGGCAGGGCCCGGGGCCCUACGCGCUGCGGGUGCUGCUGGAGGACUGGGCGGGGCGCCAGGCAUACGCCCACUACGACCGCUUCGCCCUGGAGCCCGAGAGCGACUCCUACCGGCUGCGGCUGGGCCGGUACCGCGGCAGCGCCGGGGACUCGCUGGCCUGGCACGACGGCCGCCCCUUCAGCACGCUGGACCGGGACCACGAUGCGUACAGCGGGAGCUGCGCCCACUACCACAAGGGCGGCUGGUGGUACAACGCCUGCGCCCACUGCAACCUCAACGGGGUGUGGUACAAGGGCGGGCACUACCGCAGCCGCUACCAGGACGGCGUCUACUGGGCCGAGUUCCGCGGCGGCGCCUACUCCCUGCGCAAGGUGGUGAUGAUGGUCCGGCCCGCGCUGCCCGCCCCCGAUGCCGCCUGA